AUGAGCUCUGCCUAUGGAGCACCAGGUCCCGGAGGCUUCCUCCGGCCAACACUACCCUCGCCUCCAGCCUCGUCCUUCAAUUCGCCGCCAGCCGGCUACACGAUCUUGCCCCAAGCUCGAUCUACCCCGCUAAAGCCCGGAAGUGCGAAAGAAAGUAGCUUCAUUGACUAUGUCGACAGAAAGCUGCUUGAAAUUUCGCGGCGGUACGAGAAAAGGUUCAACGCUGACUUCGAAGAUGAGGCUAUGUCUGGAAUUCAGGGAAGAGGCUAUGAGAGCUACGGAGAGCUGGCGAGGGAUUUGGAGGGGGUGAUUGAUGUGGUUUGGGUGUCUGGUACACCUUCGCUUCAAACGCCAUACCUCCUCACUAUUGCAUUGACAUCCUGCACUUGUCUCGCACCUUUCCCCUUCUCACCACGGCCCACCUUCUAUCUGCUUCACAAGCUUGACAUGGCCUUUUAUUCUUUACUUCAAGGCGUCAAUGCUGAAACUGGUGACAUCCUAUCAGGGUUCGAAGGAGGCAGAGGAAAGCUGAGCACCACGGAGAAAGUCAGAAUGAGGUCACUGGUUGAGAGGACAAGAGUAGCGGUGGUGGAGGUUGCAGGGAAAGGAGGGAGCGUGACUGAUACUGAGAGUGUAGCACAGUCUAGUAUGGAAACCGAAGAUGAUUUUACGACUGAUAAUGACGAAGACGAUAUUAUGGAGGAAAUGCAGGUGAACGGGAAUCAUGGAAGGUGGGAGAUGGAGAUUGCGAGGGUUUAUGAGAAGACGAUUGUGGAGUUGGGAGUGUCGUUGGAUACUUCUGGAAUGGGAGGGCUUGGUUGA